AUGGAGGAGCACAACGACACCACCUCUGUUUGGGCACCAAUGCCCUCUGCACCCCACAGACAGCUGGGCACUUGUCCCAACCCGCAGACUCACCUCAAAGACCUGACGGGCAUGUUUUUCAUGGUGACCUUAAAUGUUCUGGCACUCCUGACCAACACUACUGUCAUGGUGGUUGUCAUCAAAGCUCCUCAUCUCAGGAAAUUUGCCUUUGUGUGCCACCUGUGUGCCGUGGACCUGCUCUGCGCCACCUUGCUCAUGCCUCUUGGCAUCGUGUCUAGCUCUCCGUACUUUGCUGCGGUGGUGUUUACCAUGUUAGAGUGCCAGGUCUACAUAUUCCUCAACGUGAUCCUCAUAGCUGCUUCUAUCUUCACCAUCACAGCCAUAAGCGUGGAGCGCUACUACUACAUAGUCCACCCCAUGCACUACGAGGUGAAGAUGACUCUGAAGCUGACUGCAGCUGUGAUGGUGAUGGUGUGGGUGGCCUCUGCCAUUCUGGGCUUUUGCACGGUUUUUGGAUGGCCGUCCUAUGGCAGCCUGAGCUCCAUCAGUGCUUCACACUGCUCCCUCCACUGGAGCCACAGCGACCAUAGGCGGGUCUUCUCGGUGCUCUUCAGCAUCACCUGCUUCUGCUUGCCAGCUGCUGUGAUUUUGGCAGUCUACUGUAAAGUGUACAAGGUGGCCCGAGAUGCAGCCCGGCAGCACGGACCUCUGCCACUGUGGACAAACAAUCAACUGAAGCAUUGCUCCGACUCCAUCAGCAGCCGGACCACCAUCAUCACAACCCACAACGUCCCUCGCAGGAUCACCCGGGAUGCGCUUUUUGGCGGCAGUAAAGCUGCUCUCACUCUGGUGGUCAUUGUUGGCCAGUUUCUAAUCUGCUGGCUGCCAUACUUUGCCUUCCACCUCCGCCUGAUACUAGAUGCAACACCUCACACCCCUGAUGAUGUGGAGGAAGUGGUCACCUGGCUGGCAUAUUCCUCCUUUGCCAUGAAUCCCUUCUUCUACGGGCUUCUCAACAGACAGAUAAGAGAGGAACUCUUCAAGCUGCGACGCUGCUACUCGGCCUGCCCAGUGGAGCUGGCUGUUUCCAGCCAUGACGGCUCAGGCCACGAGAACUUCCUGCAGUUCCUCCACAGGACCAGCUGCACCUUGGAGACACAAGGCAGCUUUACCACACCCAGUCCAAUAAGUACUCUGGAUCAAACUGGACAAACUGGUUUCAGGAUACCGGGUCAGAUCCCAGAAGAGUUUGGGUAG